GGAAAGAUGGCCCACACCUGGAUCUCUAUGUACCAGCCCCCUAACAUCGACCCCACCCAGGCUGCCAUUGCCUAUGGCUGCCGGGCCCUGCCCAAGCUGAAUGAGGAGCUGCAGUCGGAGGACCUGCUGACGAGGCAGAAAGCCCUCAUGGCUCUGUGCGACCUCAUGCACGACCCUGAACAUAUCUAUGUGGCCAUCGGAACAGGCUGCCUGGAGAGCCUGAGAGUUUUGCUGAAGGACACCAACCCCCUGGUGCGGAUCAAGGCCACGGAGGUGCUAUCUAUCAUGGCGGCCCAUAACGUGGGCAGGCAAGGCUUUUUGGAGCAUGACAUUAUCGCCGCGCUGUCCUUCUUGCUAAACGACAGCCAGAUUGCCUGCCGGAUGAACACGCACUUAGCAUUCAAGCACCUGGCCCAGCUGCCUUCAGGGGCCCUGGGCAUCGUCAACAGUGGCCUGAUCCCCUCCCUGGUGUUGCAGCUGCACACAGAGCACGAAAGCAUCCAGGAGAUCCUCCUGGACACACUGGCGUCCUGCCUGCUGGAGGACGCCAACGAGGCGCUGGCCAGCCGUGCGGUGCCCUUCCUGAAGGAGAUGCUCCUCAGUCACAACAACAACAUCCGCACCAAAGCGGCCGCCACACUCACUGCUGUCAGCAUCCCUCUGGAGGGCAAGAGACAGGUGUGGCAAUAUGACGUCAUCCCCAUCCUGGUGCACCUGCUGAGAGACCUGGUGGAGGAAGUGCAGGCCAACGCGGCUGGGGCCCUCAUGUAUGCCACGGUGACCACUGAAGGGAAGUAUGCGGCCCUGGAUGCAGAAGCCAUCCGCCCGCUCCUGAACCUGCUGAGCUCGGGGCUGACAAAGGCCCGCCUGAACGCCAUCAAGGCCCUCACCAUGCUGGCGGAGGCCCCCGAGGGCCGCAAGUUCCUGCAGGCCCACGUGCCCAUCUUCCGUAGCCUGGAGCUGGACCACAGUGAGGCUGUGCGGCGGGCGGCCCAGGUGGCCAUCAAAGUCAUUGAGUGGAAACCCUGA